AUGCCACCCGCAAUAUUAGCCAAGACCGGCUGGCCCUUCUGGGAUAGCCUCAACCCCUUCAAGUGGGCCGACGCUUCCAAGAAGGAAGACGCGCCAGUCGCCCUCAGGGACCUUAAGCAUCACCUUAUAAUGGACGGGCCCGACGCCGAGCCUUACGUCGCCACGACUAUUCUCCCGCGCGCCCAGCCGGCACCGGAGUCGGAGCCUCAGUCUACCGAGGACGUCGCGGCCUUCUUCACCACAGGGCCCAACGCUGGCAUGCCGGAGGCUUCGGGACAAAAUGGAGACGAGGCUGAUGUUAACUUGCUGCCGGCUCUACUGCGCCGGCAGGAGGGUUCUCCUUACAGUUUUUCCAGUGUUCAACUACCUCGGGCAGCGGAAGAGGAGCCGAAAAAGGAGGGUGGAUUCAGGAGUCGGCUACAGGAAGAAGCUAAGCGUCGCUCAGUCGAAGAGAAAGGUCACGGCGAUGAAGCCGCACUCGAAAGCUGGGUAUAUGGAGAAGAGCCGCGGGAUGAAGGCGAGUGGGAUGGGCGCGUCAUGAAGGAAGCUCAAAUGAUACUUCUCCGGGCGGCUAUGAUCUUCGACUUCCGGAUUACGUGGGCGGCCAUUGCGGACCUUUAG